GGAGAGAUGUGAAGAGAGAAGGGUAACCUAGCCUCCCUCAGAGCAGAAAAGAGUCACAACAGGCAAGGGUAAGGACAGGCUGGGAAAGUGCGCACUAUCAGAUUUGUGAAGAGCCAACGAGGCUAUAAAAUUUUCCGUGUGGGCAUCACACUGCAAUGGAAUGAGAGGGAAGAAAAGCAGUCAUUUUAUGGUCCAAGCAGAGGAUAAGAGGUCUUAGGAGCCCACUCAGAUAAUCCCAAGGAUCUACUGACCAUGAAGUUUGAAGAAAAGCUUGACAAAGGGAGGCUGGCAGGAAGGAGUCAGCUACACCUCGGUGAGAUGCACCAGGCAAAUGGGAAACCAAUAGCCAAUGGGAAAACUGAUACCUAUGAAAAGCAGGUGGCAAAUGGCAAGAGCAACCUGCUCAGGAAAAGUCUCAACACGUACACCUGGGAAGAGAUCCAGAGACACAAUCAGGAGACCGACCAAUGGCUGGUAAUCAAUCGAAAAGUUUACAAUGUUACUGACUGGGCCAAAAGGCAUCCAGGUGGGCACCGGGUCCUCAACCACUAUGCUGGGGAAGACGCCACGGAUGCCUUCAGGGCCAUGCAUCUGGAGCUUGAUGUUGUGAAGCUGUACCUCAAGCCACUGCUUAUUGGAGAGCUUGCCCCGGGAGAGCCCAACCAGGAGAGAAACAAAAACUCCCAGCUGGUGGAAGAUUUCCAAGAAUUGCGCAGGACAUUGGAAGCUUCAAACAUGUUCAGUGCCAACCUGUGCUUCUUUUUCCUCCACCUCGCCCAGAUCUUGAUUUUGGAAGUCCUGGUGUGGCUGAUACUGUGUCAUUUUGGCAAUGGCUGGACUGUUACAUUGUUCAUUUCCUUUCUUCUCACAGUGUCUCAGGCUCAGAGUUCAUUUCUGCAGCACGACAUAGGACACCUUUCCAUAUUUAAGAAGUCCAAGUGGAACCACCUGCUGCACAAAUUUGUGAUGUGUCAUCUCAAGGGCCUGUCAGCAAACUGGUGGAAUUACCGACACUUCCAACAUCAUGUAAAACCAAACAUCUACCCGAAAGACCCGGAUAUCGACAUGGGCCCACUUUUUCUGCUUGGAGAUUCGCAACCCGUCAAGUACGGGAAGAAGAAAAUCAAGUACAUCGACUAUGAAAAGCAGCACAUAUACUUCUACCUGGUUGGGCUCCCCCUCCUCAUGCCUGUAUAUUUCAAUCUGCAGUCCAUGCAAGUGAUGUACCUUCGAAGGUAUUGGGUGGACAUUGCCUGGGUCAGCAGCUUUUAUAUUCGGUAUUUCAUCACAUUUGGCCCUUUCUAUGGAAUUUUUGGAACUGUGUUGCUCAUUUAUUUGGUCAAGUUUCUUGAAAGUCCCUGGAUUGCUUACGUUACCCAGAUGAGCCACAUACCAAUGAAAAUGAGCAAAGAGGAGAACCGGGACUGGCUUAGUACUCAGGUCUUGGCCACCUGUAAUAUUGAACAGUCCUUCUUCAAUGACUGGUUCACAGGGCAUCUGAACUUCCAAAUCGAGCACCAUCUGUUCCCCACAAUGCCACGCCAUAAUUAUCACAAAGUGGCACCACUGGUGAGGUCACUGUGCGCCAAGCACGGAUUGCAGUAUGUGAACAAGCCCAUGUUGAAGGCAUUUGGAGAUAUCGUCAGGGCCUUGAAGAAAUCUGCAGCUCUCUGGGUGGAUGCUUACUAUGAAUGAUGCAGAAUCAUGCAUCUGAUUGUAUCUCUGAAGUGGGUUGGUGGAUAUACAACAAGAGCUCGUCCCUGCUUAACCUGGAGUUAACAGCAGCAUUGGGAUACCUGCGUGUGCCAGGAAUGUGAAUCCCAAGGAUGCAUGUUGACCCCUUCCCUGAAAGUCUUCUCAGCAAACAGGAAGCAAAAGAAACAAGAUGACUUUGACCAGGGGAGCAAAAGGGAAAUGGGAGCUCACUGUUUUUACUUUUUAAUUAGGAUCUUGAGACGAGUCCUACUGAUAGACCUUAGUCAGAUCAUCUCAGUCAAGGGAAGUAAGUACAGGAACAGAUAAAAGCUUCACAAUGAAGUGAACAUAGAACUGGGUCAAAGGAGAGACAUCUGAUGGAGCACUUUAGAAAAGGUGCAAUCGCUCUUGGAAAGGAAACAUUUAUGUAAGUCCCAGUUAAAGCACAGAUUUUUGUUUGUUUCUUUUCAAGUACGUGAACUUCUUUUUUCUUUAAAAAUUAAUCAAAAUUGACAUUAAAAUAUCUAUCAAUAUUCAC